AUGAAGGCUAAUAAUCUUUCCGAAUGUUUAUUUUCCAGAGAAAUUGGAUCUCUUCCAAACAAUGCUAUAGCUCAACAAAUCCCAUUUAGAUCUUCAUGAGCACCCAAAGUAUACGCCUUUCCUAUAGAUGGCGCGCAAUGCGCCAUCAUCGGGCCAUGUCGGGAUAGUUCUCCACGAUGAAUGGUUCCACACACGUGGAACAUUUCCUCGUGGAGAACCCUCUCCCGACAUGGCCCGAUGAUGGUGCAUUGCGCGCCAUCUAUAGGAAGGGCGUAUAACUUAUUAUUUAGCUAAUGUUUACUCAUAUGGAAAUAACGAACUCUGUCGUUUGAAUAAAAGGUAGAGAUAAUUAUGUCAUCUCUCUUAUUCUCCACUUGGUAAGCGGACAAAGCCAUUGGAAUAAUCAUAAAUUUUCGGAAUAUAGGUUCUUUAUGGCAGGUAAAAAUUUAUUAAUAUAAAUAUUUUGAUAUAUAGUUAGUUAGGAUUAUAAUAGUUAGAUCUGCAUCUAAUUAUAUUAAAUAUUAUGAAUUAAUCAAAUUUCUUUUCAACUAUUUAUUUCAAAUCCGAAAAUUUUUCCACCUAUACCAUUUUGAUAUAUAGUGCUAAACAUCCAUUAACAAGCUCGCAACAUAUUUAGGGGAGUUAAUAAGAGUGGUAAAGCAGCUUAUCGGAGCAUUUUACCAUUUUCUAAUCCAGUAAUGCUAUCAGAGCCCAAUGAGCAUGUCUACAAAAUUUGCCUGUCAUCAAAGGGAGCUUUUUUCAUGUUAAAGCGUAUUAACGAGCCUGGUCUACAGUUUUUCGUGAUUUCGGAAGAAAACCUAAAAAAUGGGAUUUUUACUCGAACAAGGAUUCUUGAAAGAUUGGCUAUAGAGCUCAAAAAUUAUGAAGAGAUCGACUAUGAACGGCAAAUAAUGGCAGUGAAAGUUGAUAAUACCUACCAGUUAUGGAGUUUGGAAACGGAAAAUAUUAUCUUUUCUUUUCCUUCACCUCCAAAUACAUUAAUGAGGUAUUUUAAAGGGUUUGUUAUUCUAUGCACUCAAGAAGAAAAAUGCUUACUCCCCCCCCCCCUCCGUGAGCGAACAAAACCAUUAGAAAAAUCGCCAUUUUUUGACCAAAAACCCACCCUCCGUGAGUGAACAAAAAUUUUUUUAAUAGAAAAAAUUUUAAUGGAAAAAAAUUUUGAUAUAUAAGUGAUAAAUUAGUAUAAUGAAAUCUAGAGCUAAUUCUGUUUAAUUUUAAACAAAUUGCGUUUUUAAAACAUAAAUUUUGCAAAUUAAAUUAAUAUUUGCUUCCCAAUUUUUGCAAAUUAGGAUUUUUUUAAAUUUCGAAAAAAAUAUUUUUUAUAAAAUUUAUAUAUAAAAUUUUUUUUAAAAAAAAAAAUUAACCCCCCUCCGUAAGCGAACAAAAUUUUUUUGUUCGCUCACGGAGGGGGGGGGGGAGUUAGUAUUCACUAUUCAAAAUGUAGAUUCAAAUACUAUGUAUCGAGUAAAGAUCAUGGGCAAAGGGAUUUUACAUCAUUUUUUAAUAUGCCAAAACUGACUUGUAGUCAGUAUCAAGCAUAGCUUUAUUCAGUUGAUAAAUCUUUUGACUAGAGAAACUAAAUGAAUUAAAAAAAGUGGAGCUAAACAGUUUUAUGAAAUGGAAAACGAGAACGAAAGCAUGCUGACUUUUAGUGACGGGACUGCAGUUUUAAUUACAGAUAUAGAAUUUUCCCAUAGAUGGCGCUGUUUGCCCUUGAUUUGCCCACUGAAAAAAUUUUUUGGUUUGACCAAACCAUAUGUACUGGUCGAACCAAAAAAUUUUCCCAGUGGGCAAAUCAAGGGCAAACUGCGCCAUCUAUGGGAAAUUUCUAUACUGAAAAAGAGUUAAGUUUAGGAUUUCCUGAUGGGAUUUAUGCAGAUGUGGAAGGAAUGCUAAUUGCUUAUUGUGAAAGUUCAAGUAGUAUUAAAGUCCUUGAUCUCAAAACUUCAACAAUUGUUAAUUCAAUUGAGGUAAAAAGAAAUGAAGUGACAUGCAUUGGAAUUAACGAGCAAACCCAUCAAAUUUUCGUAGGUUUCAAAUCUGGAAAGAUUUGUGUGCUAGAUUAG